AUGCCUACCGCGUCACCGUCCAACCGACACUCGCGGCUUCACGCUCAGCCUUGGCCCUGUGGUGCCGACGGGGAUCCUGCAGCUCUCGCACUCGCUGGACUGUUCCAUGGAUCACAUCUGCGGACCGGAACCAAGUGCUGCGCACAGGGGGUGCAGGUAUUGAAGCACUCGGGGACUCUUGUGGGAUCCCCAAUGCGCUGCACACUCUCCACCGCUAUCGUUUUGCUCCUAAGCCGCUUUUCGGGGGCAGCCAGCGCGCAAGCAGGCGCGUUUCUCGAUGCGCGCGUGGACGCGAUUAUCACAGGCAUGCUGCGCGACUUCAACACGCCGGGGGGUGCCGGGAUCGCCGUCGUGCACAAGGCGGCGGACGGGCAGUGGGUCAUGGAGAGCAAGGGGUACGGGAACGCCACGGCGGCCGGACAAGGCGCGACGCAAGACACACUAUUCCCUAUCGGCUCGAACUCGAAGCUAUUCGACGCGAUCGCCACAGGCCUCUUAAUCUCGAACGAGACUUUGUCUCCCCGCGUGUCGUGGGACUCGAAGAUCGCCUCGCUCAUCCCGGAAUGGAAGCUCUGGGACCCAGUCGCGACGAGGGAGAGCACGAUAGUCGACCUUAUGAGCCAUCGCACAGGCCUCCCGAGACACGACUUCAUGGUCGCCCCGAGUGACUCGGUGCUCAGCGUUAUCAAACGGCUGCGGUAUCUCCGUCCUUCCGCCGGAUUCCGCGAGACCUGGCAAUACAGCAACCUGAUGUACAUCGUCCUGUCUCACCUGUCUACGGUCCUCACGGGUCUCCCGUACGAGAAAUACGUGUCGGACAACAUCUUCGCGCCGCUGGGCAUGAGCAGCACUACUUACACCUUCAACGACACGAUCAAGAAUGGGAAGCAGGUUGCGGAAGGGCUCGCGCGCGACGGUGCAAACUUGACGCGCGAUCCUUUUGACUUGGGAACGGUGCGACUGCUCGACUUUUGGGAUACGUAUAGCCAUGGCAAGUUUCAGGCUCUGCGUUGCGAGCUUAUGCUGAGAUGUGCGACAGUGUUUUCGGGCGAUGGCGGCGUCAUCUCCUCAGCUUCCGAUAUGGCAAUUUGGUUGCGUGCGCUCCUCGAGGGAGGACUGAAUCAAGCUCAAGCACCAGUUAUCCCUUCGGAUGUGAUUGAUAAAGUUGCAGAAGGAGUUACAGUCAUUCCCGACCAAGGAUAUCCGGAGAUCUCCCCGAUUGUGUAUGGUGGCGGCCAGUCGCGAGGGAGCUAUCGUGGCUUUGACAGAGUUUAUCGAGGUGGGAGAUAUCCGGGCUCUGGAACUGAAUGCACUCACGGAUCACUGCAGCAUGAUGGAUCAGUUCCUGGGUUCAACAGCAUAGUCAGCCGUCUGCCCUGGCAGGAAUUCGGCGUCGCGGUGAUGACAAACGACGACAGCCUCGGGUCGUUGAUAGCUGAGGCGAUCAAGUUCCGGCUCAUCGACGAGUUCCUGCAACUCAAGCCCGUGGAUUGGACGUCCCGAUACCGCAACGCAAUCGCCUCGUCGCUUCCACCGCCCGCGACACCGCGCUCGAAGCACCCAAAGCUGCCAUCCGUUCCAUUCACCUCCCUCGCUGGGAAAUACUCCAACCCCGGGUAUUACGAGGUCGACUUCUGCCUCUUCUUGGACAGCACCCAGACGGGCCAGUCGUGCAAGGAUCUCGCUGCUCGGUACCCAGAAGAAAUCGAUCCCGCGAUCCCCACUCUCGUCGCGGACUUCAAGGUGGUUGCUGACACAUUCAUCCGCUUCCAGCACUUCAGCGGAGAGGUUUGGAAUGUGUCUGCCCUUCAGGUUGAGCGCGCGUCCGUCCCCAAGGAACAGUGGAUAUAUAGACUCGACGGCUUGGUCUUCGAGUUUGACGGGGACCGAGGGUUUGCCGCUCUCGGUGGAUUCUGGGGCGCGGGUCUCGGUGUUCCUGAUCCCGUCGGCAAGACUGCUCAAGAGCGCGCCGAAGUUUGGUUCGCCAAAGUGCGCAAGUGAUCCUACGAUUCGUCUUCAAGGGCGACGGGCCCUGUAAUGUUAUUCUGAAUGAACAAAC